UCUCUUCGUCGAGUCUACACCGACAACACAACGCGAACGUCGUUUCGUUCUCUCUCCCAGAGCGCGACAGUGCAUUCUCCGAACGACGACGCACACGUGCGUCGAUAUGACGCCGUCGGGGCUCUCCUUCAUCUUUUUCUUCGUCGACGAGCAGCAGCAGCAGCAGCAGCAGCAACAGAAACAGCAGCAGCAGCAACAGCAGCACCACCAACAUCAUCAUUGCUAUCACUACCACCACUACUAUUCGCGACGAUCACAGUGCACGACUUCGAUUGGCUACCGGUACUAAACGAAAGAAGGAAGGAAGGUGGCCUGCCGAUAAGGUGGCUGAACGAACACUCGGCCUUUUUACGAGCACCGUGGCUUUUCCCGUGUCCUUGACACGAGAGACGGACAGACAGAGAGACAGAGAGAUACAAGAGAGACAGACGGAUAGACGAAUAGACCGAUAAAACAAUUUCUCUUCUGUGUGUUGAAUCAAGAAAUCGUAAAACAGAAGGAGGAAGAUUUUGAUCGACAGUUGGUCGAAAAUCGGAUGUGGUGUUGUUCGCGUUGGUUAGCUACAAAAGCAUCGGUGACACCGACGGCUACGGUAGCUCUGUCGUAUUUGGACGAUCUGGCACGUGAAAAAGUAUAUUGGAUGAAAAAGGGAGGUUGUCGGUGAUGGACAAUGAGCAGCCGCACCAGGAACUGGUCAAGUGCGUGGUCGUGGGUGACACAGCAGUCGGAAAGACCAGAUUGAUAUGUGCUAGAGCAUGCAACAAACACGUCUCGCUGUCCCAAUUGUUAACUACACACGUACCCACGGUUUGGGCUAUCGAUCAAUAUAGAAUUUAUAAGGACGUAUUAGAACGAUCGUGGGAAGUCGUGGACAACGUUAACGUAUCUUUACGUCUUUGGGAUACGUUUGGGGAUCACGAGAAGGAUCGUCGAUUUGCCUACGGCAGAUCGGACGUCGUUUUAUUAUGUUUCUCCAUAACAAAUCCGGUUUCUUUGCGGAACUGCAAAGCAAUGUGGUAUCCGGAAAUACGUCGAUUCUGUCCCCAAACGCCGGUCCUAUUGGUCGGAUGCAAAAACGACUUGCGAUACAUGUAUCGAGAUGAGACCUAUUUAAGUUACUUCCGAGAUCGAAGCCCAUUCGUAAGGGCCACGAGAAAAAGUGAUUUGGUCAUGCCUGAUCAAGCAAGAGCGGUAGCACGAGAGUUAGGUGUAUGUUAUUAUGAAACUAGUGUCUUCACUUAUUAUGGCGUCAACGAGGUCUUUGAAAACUCGAUACGAGCCGCCUUAAUUGCACGAAGACAACAACGCUUUUGGAUGACGAAUUUGAAGAGGGUACAAAGGCCUUUGCUUCAGGCACCAUUUUGUCCACCGAAACCAGUACCGCCAGAAGUUUAUCUAACAGCAAGUACCUACGAGGAAAAUAUGAAAACAUUAUGGACAAAGCCAGUUCACACCGACGUAACAUUAAUAACAGGCAAUUGCACUUUCCCAGCUCAUCGAUGUUUAUUAGCAGCGGCUUCGCCUGCAUUUCAUCGACUUUUCUCGGCAGAACUUGCUCAUGAACAUACACCGAGAAGUUCGAGCGAGUCCAGCAUGGUAAGCACUUUUGGCGAGGCCACAGUAGGCGAUUUUAACGACGAUACCGAAUGCCUGAUUCGCAUUGAUCAAAGCAAACCCUCAAAAGUAUGGGAACAAUUGAAAAGAAGAUCGAGCUUUCAAGUUUUACCAACGAUGGAUAAUCAAAGAAAAGCCAAUGGUGCUACGAGAGAAUUGAAUCAUCCUGCAUUUCAAAAUAUACGCGUUUGCAUGAGUGAAAAUUCAAACGGAGUGCAACAACCUACUACAGUGGUAACUCUCUCGAAGCUCAUUACGCCUCAGGCUAUGCAGCAAUGCUUGCAGUUCAUCUACACAGGCAGCUUGGAUAAACGGUAUCACGAUCUACAAACAGCUCCUAUUGGGCUAUUACUGGAGAUCAGACAAGCAGCUGAGUUCCUCGAGCUACCACAAUUGCUGAUGGUACUUGGAACAAUACAAACUCGUGAACAGUUUGUAAACAGUGAUCUAAAUAAUCGUUAUAAACAAGUGGUUAGACAACGACUCGAGGAUAUUUGUCUUGAACAAGGAUUAUUCGCCGACGUUGUAUUCGAAUUGGACGACGGUAGUAUGCCAGCUCAUCGUGCUGUCCUAACUGCUAGAUGCGAUGUAAUGAAAGCAAUGUUCUCCGGUGAUUUUCGUGAGAGCAGCGCCAAAAUCAUAGUUUUCCCUGGAGUUAGAGAAUACACGUUUCAUAAAUUACUUUGUUACUUGUACACGGACGAAGUACCAGCGAUUUCUUCGGCCAGAUGUUUGAAUCUUUUGGAACUAGCUAAUAGAUUGUGUUUACCAAGAUUGGUUAAUCUGGUUGAGAGCAGAGUGAUCGAGGAUCUUAAAAGAUUAUCUCAAAACGAAGGGAACGAGGCUGUUGAAAAUUGUUUGAGACUAUUGGAACCUUGCAAGUUACACAACGCGGAUCAGUUAGCGGAUUGGUGUAUGAAUCAUCUUUGCGUGAAUUAUAAUAAACUUUGUAAGAUGUCACCUCGUAGCGUGCGCUUACUUCAUCCAGAAAAUCAAGAAUAUUUGAACGAACACCGAUGGCCGCCAGUGUGGUAUCUGAAAGACUACGAUUAUUAUCAAAAGUGUCUAGCCGAACAGGUUCGCGAGAACAAGCCAACUUUGAAAAGAAAUCGGAAUCAAUCGGUUUGCUUGUGUUUCUCAGGCUCGAGUAAAACGAGACGUGAAAGUACGAACAAUGGCGCCGUUAAUGGCGGCACAUCGGCUACGACGACCGAACAACAAGCAGCCGAACGUCCUCUUUUCGAUGCCUCGACGGAAUCAGGGGAACAGGCUGUAUGACAGGAGCCUAGCGGCCAUAGCCGCUCCAUCAGAUUCAUUCUGAUCCUACCUGUGCUCUUGGUCUUCAUUUGCACCAUUUUUACCAUUUUGAUACUCCUACAGAUUUAUACUUAAGGUACGCGAGAAUUACUAAAGAAAAAAUUAAUAAAUAAAUAAAUAAAUAAAUACAAAUAAAAAAUACACACACGUAUAUACACGAGGAGUGAAGAAGUAGAAGAAGAAGAAGGAGGAGAAGAAAAAAAAAAAAAAGAAGAGAAGAGAAGAGAACACGAACAUGUGUUCGCGAAUAAUUAUUUUCACGAAGCAAAUGUUCGGCCAUUUACGAUUUAAAGCCACAUUAUUUGGAAUCGUCUCAUUUUCUUUUUUCUGUCCCCCAACGCGACGUUUCUAAAGAGAGAAGAGAAAAGAAAAGAAAAGAAA